AUGUACCAUCAACUCUUUUGGGCGUCCGCUGAUGAAGACUUCAGUUCAACAAAUCCAACAUGCGAGGAAAGCGAUCCGACGGAGUGGCAGACUAAUUGUCCAAGUGCUCGUCAUGGCUGUGCGUUAACAGGGUCCACUCCAACUGAACAGCACGGUGUUGAUACAUUUCUGCUGCACGAGUUUUCUCUAAGUUGGACCAAAGGGAGGGGGGGCGGUGGAAAGCUCGAUACGCCACCUUCCACGGCUUCUUCUGAUGCCUCCAGUAAGGUGCUGCCUGGCUGGAGUGGCGGCCUCGUGCCGCCGCUACGAAGUUGCAACUUUAGAGCCGGUCAAUACGAAGUUCUCUUCCCAGGGGACAUUGGUGUUCAAGCAGGAGUCGGUCGUCAAUAG